UAAGUAGUCUUAGGAACGUAAAUACUUUUCUUGUAGUAUCGACUUGGUUAAUAUGGACUAGUAUUGACUUAUACUAUGUUGAGUGUUAUACAUGUAUUAACCAAACAUACUAUGCUUCCUAGGUAAUGGAAAUUCCGAGGGGUGGGCCUAGACGUCGUGGUGGGGGUGUAAGAGAAGGUAGAACUGGUGAUAGAGACAGGUUCCGUCCCAUAGAGGAGCUUUAUGAUGAUGAUGUAGAGUCUUCUAUCGGUGUACAACCUACUCCGCCCAUGGGUGAAAUGGUUGACCCUGGUCGUCUGUUGAGAUUGGCUAGAGACAUUAAUCAUCUGGGAGCAGCCAAGUUUCAUGGAAGUAUGGAUUACAUGGUGGCUGAUCAAUGGGUCGAGGAUAUGGAGAAUUAUUUUGAGAUGAUGGACUGUAAUGAGAUCGAAAAGAGGAAGUUAGCCACUUUCAUGCUAAAGGGUGAGGCUAGGGUGUGGUGGAAUUGUAUGCAAAAGACCAUUGAUGUGACCACCCUGACUUGGGAUGGUUUUGUGAGACUAUUCCGAGAGAAGUACUUUCCAGCUUCAGUGAGAGAAAAAUUGGAACGGGAGUUCCUCUCACUAACACAAGGGAAGAUGACGGUGACAGAGUAUGAGGCAGAGUUCUCUAGGCUAUAUAGGUUUGUGAAAUCAAUGGAUGCUGAGGAUUUGGCCAAGAAGUUUCAGCGGGGGUUGAAUGCUUCCAUUGAGCGUGAUGUGGCCAUUUUGGAACUGAAGGUCAUGAAGGAAAUUCUAGCAAAGGCUCUGAUCAUUGAGCAACAGAACUUGAUUCAUAAGGAGAAGGAAACAGCUGAGAGGGAUUUUCAGGGAAAGGGAAAGGCAGUGGCAGGUAACAGUGGAUCCAGAGACUUUAGGGGUGGAUACUGGAAGAGACAAAAGACUCAGUUCCACCAUCAGGCCCCAGCUAGAGUAGCAGCAGCUCCUCUUCCUCCUAUUCGGGCCGUACCUGUCAGACAAGUUGCAGCUGCAGCGCCUGUGAGAUGUUAUAACUGCGAUGAGUUGGGUCAUCUCUCUAGGGCUUGCACUAAACCCAGGGCUAAGGGAUGCUUUCGUUGCGGACAGACUGGACACCUUGCCAAGGACUGUACUCGACCCCGUGUUGGAGGACAGGGUAAUCAGCAAAGGCUCUUACCUCCAGUACCAGCUAGAGUCUUUGCAAUCGGUCAGAGAGGCACUGGGGUGGAAGGUACUUUAUCUGUUUAUAACUAUCUUGCUAGAGUAUUGUUUGAUACGGGAGCCUCCCACUCUUUCAUAUCUAGUUCAGUAGUGGAUGUGUUGGGAUUGAUUGUCAUGCCUCUUACUAGAUCAUUAUGUGUUACAUCACCUCUGGGUGUGUCUCUUGAGCUGGAUAUGUUUUGUGAUGAUUGCCCUAUUGGGAUAGGUGGUAGAGAGUUCUCUGCAUCAUUGAUUGUGAUUCCGGAUCACACAUAUGAUGUGAUUUUGGGUAUGGAUUGGUUGAGCCCGAACCAUGCAUUGAUUGAUUGCUUUAGGAUGAUUGUGUCCUUCCGUAUUCCUGGACAACCAGUGUUUCAUUACCGUUGUCUGAGGUCCGACGUUGCCAUGAGGGCAGGGAUUUUGGCUCAUAUUGAGUCAGGGAGUAGUAUUUCUGAGAUUACAGGGAUUCCUGUGGUUUCAGAAUAUGCUGAUGUGUUUAAGGAGAUACCAGGGUUGCCUCCAAAAAGGGUAAUGGACUUCUCCAUUGAUGUGAUACCAGGUACUGCCCCUGUAUCGAAAGCACCCUAUCGGAUGGCUCCAGCUGAACUUCAGGAGUUGAAAGUUCAGAUUGAUGGAUUACUGGCUCAGGGGUUCAUACAGGCUAGUGUAUCUCCUUGGGGUGCACCAGUGCUGUUUGUGAAGAAGAAGGAUAAUUCACUUCGAUUAUGUGUGGAUUAUCGACAGCUGAACAAGGUGACCAUCAAGAACAGGUACCCUUUACCUAGGAUUGAUGACUUGUUCGAUCAGCUUAGAGAGGCUACUGUGUUCUCAAAGAUUGAUUUGAGAUCUGGAUAUCACCAGUUAAGGGUGAAGGAUGAGGAUAUUCCAAAGACGGCGUUCAGAACUAGGUAUGGACAUUAUGAGUUCCUUGUCAUGCCUUUUGGUCUAACUAAUGCACCAGCAGCAUUCAUGGACUUGAUGAACCGCACGUUCAGUCCCUACUUGGACCAGUUUGUAGUAGUUUUCGUGGACGACAUUUUGAUUUAUUCAAAGUCGUCUGGUGACCAUGAGAAGCAUUUGCGAAUUGUACUACAGACAUUAAGAGAAAAGAAAUUGUUUGCCAAACUCGAGAAGUGCGAUUUUUGGCAGAAGGAAGUCAAGUUCCUUGGUCACGUAGUUUCGAAGGAUGGAGUUUCUGUGGACCCUUCGAAGGUUGAAGCGGUGAUGAGUUGGAGUCGCCCCACUACUGUUACAGAGAUCCGUAGCUUCCUCGGAUUGGCAGGUUAUUACAGGCGCUUCAUUAAGGGGUUUUCUGGUAUUGCUUCAGCUUUGACCAAAUUGACAAGGAAGGACGCUCAGUUUUUAUGGACGGAUGAAUGUGAGAAGGCUUUCAACGAGCUGAAGACCAGGUUGACUACAGCACCAGUGUUGACUAUUCCUACUAGCGGUGGUGGUUUAGUUAUCUACAGUGAUGCAUCUCAUCAGGGUUUAGUACGCCGCGCAUGCAGUCGACUACAUAGUCACCAACAACGCCGCAUCAAGCGCCGGUGGCAUCCGAUUCAACAACGACAUCGGAGCAGACUAUAGCUUGCAAACACUAAGCUCUGCGGCCGACUUCAUAUGGAAAGUCUUCCAGCAAAGCACAGAUGCGGAUAGAAAGAGCGUAGCCAAAGUCAGCUUGUUCAUCGACAACAUGGACGGCGUGGCGUACGCUAGCAACAACGAGAUUC